CAAAUGUGGCACACAUCUAUAAAUACCACCUUUUCACUAAUAAAUAAAAGAAAGCUCUACAUAAUUCACUUAAUCAUAAUAUAAUGGCGGUGGAAGACGAACCAAGCUCCGCCUCUGGCACCGCCGGUACCGGCGACAUCAGCGACGGCGCUGAUGGGGGCCACGGCGGUGGAGAUAUCUACGCUUUACCGGAAGGUUGCAUAGCGAACGUAUUAUCACUAACAAGUCCUCGGGAUGCGUGCCGGUUAUCGGUAGUGGCUACGAUUUUCCGAUCUGCAGCUGAAUCCGAUGCUGUAUGGGACCGGUUUUUUCCUACUGAUUAUUGCGAUAUUAUUCCCCGGUCCAUUAAUGGUGAACCGGGUUCAAUAAGUUUCAAAUCGAAGAAAGAGCUUUUUCUGUAUCUCUGUGAUCAUCCUCUCUUCAUUGAUGGUGGUUCUAAGAGCUUCUCACUGGAGAAGGCUAGUGGAAAGAAAUGCUACAUGUUAGCUGCAAGGUCACUUGCAAUUGUUUGGGCUGACACACCUAGAUACUGGAGAUGGAUGUCCCUUCCUGAGUCCAGGUUCUCAGAGGUCGCUGAGCUUCUUGACGUGUGUUGGCUCGACAUCUCUGGCAAGAUAAACACGUCUAUGCUAUCCCCCGACACCAACUAUGCAGCCUACUUGGUUUUCACAACGAAAUCCAGGACCUAUGGAUUUGAUCACCAAAGUGCAGAGGGUGCCGUAGGGAUUUCGGGGCAUGAAAAAAACACACAGAUAGUAUUCUUGGAUCCUGAGGCAGCACGGAGGCACAUGUAUCAAAUCGUUCCAAGGCGGACAGGAUUUUUCAACCAGAUGGCUGAUAUACUUAGACGUGAAGUGAAUCCACCGCCUUCAGAAAGCGAAGCACAAGCACGAUAUCCACAACAGAGAAGUGACGGAUGGAUAGAAGUCGAGUUGGGAGAAUUCUUUGUCAAGAGAGGACAAGACGUUGAACUCGAGAUGAGCUUGAUGGAGGUGAAAGAAGGUAACUGGAAAAGUGGCUUAGUUGUUGAAGGAAUUGAAAUCAGGCCUAAGGAAGGCUAAUGAACUUGAUACUGAAUAGCUUUGUUGCUCAGACUCAUCAAAAAUGUCAUUGGGUGCGUGUCGGAUCCUUCAAAAGUAGUGCAUUUUUGGAUAAUCUGACACGGGCGCGACAACAUUUUUGGAGAAUCCGAGCAACUUAGCUGAAUAGUUCAUUUUCUUAUUGAGAGGCUAAAACCUAUGAGGCCUAAAACCAAUUGUCCCACAUGUGGCUGGUGAGAUUUUGACCCAAAAAAUAUAGAAAAUUUGCACCAACUUCAUCAACAAUUGAAUCAUCAUAGUCAACAAAUUGGUGUAAAAAUCUAAAUUUGAUGUAGUGUCUUGGACAUUUUGUAUUAUGUUGGGAUUUGUUAUGUUUCCCUUUGUUGUAUUUUGGUUAAUAGUCAUUUGUGUAGAAAUAAUUUUGUUGGAACUUGGAACUUACAUGAUUAAUAAUGUCAUUCCCA